UUCUGAGAAAAGCUCACCGCAUCGCGUCUAGCCAUGCGCUCAAUUGCCAUUUCCGAAAUUACAGUACGACAGCGACGACAGAACGACAGCCUCCGACACCCGCGGGGAAGAAGGAUAGCCACCAAGCGGACGGUCUAUUGCUGCCGUAGAGAACGUACAUAUUGCUGGCCGACCGCGCUUACAACUGCACUCAAAGGCCUUUACAACCCUGCAUCAGAAGGAACCUCAGGGCUUGCCCUCAACCCAGCAGAAACGAGUGUCUUAUGCAUAGCCCAUGACUGAAUGGAUGAAACACGGACAAUGGGUAUGGCGGCGACGGUGGAACCGAUGCCGGUCCCCGUCGCCUCCCUCGAGGCGGCGGUGCAUAUCGGCACCAAGGAAUUCAUAAAGGGGUUCGUCGCCGGACAAAUGACCCUUGGGGUACUCAUAUUCUUCUUGAUAAAGGUGUUUUUUUUCCGGAGCGGGGAGGAGACGCGGAUAGAUCUCUCGCGGAAACGAAACGUGAGACGACCGUAUGAACCAAAGAUUCGAGUCCCGUUGCCAGCGCACGCAACCGAAUCGCAAAUCCUCUCCAAAACACUCUACAACAUCCAAACCCAUCCCGUUGAAUCAUGCGACUGGCUCAAUGUCCUCAUAGCGCAAACGAUAACCAAGUACCGCAACGACAGCGGGUUCAACAAUCGCAUCGUGCAUGUCCUGGACGAGGUCCUCAAUGGGCAUACGAAACCGGGGUUCCUGGGCCCCAUACACAUCACUGACUUUUCCCUGGGAGACGAUUUCCCACUGAUGAAAGGCGCAAGUGUGCGGUACGCUGAGGAGACGGGCAAUUUGCAGACAAGCGUGGUUUUUCAGUUUGAUGACCAGGUGACGCUGGGUAUCGAGACCCAGGUGCUUGUCAAUUGGCCAAAGCCGUGUAUUGCGGCUUUGCCGGUUGCGUUGUCGCUUUCUGUGGUUAAAUUUUCGGGGACUGUCGCCGUCGAAUUCGUCACCCACCCCGACACGCCCGAAACCUACCUCUCCAUCUCGAUCCUCGACGACUUCAUCCUCGACUUUGAAGUCCGCUCCCUCCUGGGCCACCGCACAAAAGUGAAGGAUCUUCCCAAGCUCGCCUCGCUGAUAACCUCGAAAUUGCGCGCCGUGUUUGAGGAGGAGAUCGUGUGGCCAAGUUUCAAACGGUGUAGGAUCCCCAUGCUGUGGGGAGAUGCCCAGGAAGACGCGGUGAGGGAGGAAUUGGAGGAUUUGGUAGAGGAGAUUAAACAUGCUUAGAUUGUUGCGGCUCUAUAUAUUAUUUUGAUGGCGGCCAUAGGAAUGUGAUCGUGGGUAUAUGUAUACGAGGGCCUUGUAUCUAAGUUAAAGCCCUUGCAUAGACGCCGUUGAGAGUUCUAGCUAUGAUGACCACUAGCCUGGUGAUGCAGGACAAUCAUCCUCCCCAAGCGAAGGUAUCUAACCAAAAAGCGAGACUAGCCAAUGGGCACC